UAACCGCACCAUAGCUCAGGGUUCACGUGGAAAUAACGUUACCCUGGCUACGUCCUGAUCGGCUAGAAAACUUAAAAUGUCAACCAAAUGCAAACGGUUUUUCGCCGUCUUUCACCACAUAAAUGUUCACUGGGGAUAGCCUAGACCUGCUAAUUUAAAUGGGGUGAUAACGUAAAUAUCCAAGUUAUUUUUUUAACCAAGGUGGUGGGGGACGUUUAGCUAGCAGUUAGCGGGACGGCUAUAAAGUUUAAAGUAUUAGUUGGUCAAGCUGUAAUGUUAAGUGUGCAGCGUUAUGAUGUGGAAAACAAGAUAGGUAGGCAUCUCUGAGAAAAGCAAAUGUGCAAUUUUGUCAGCUUGCAUGAACGCGUUCAGCCUAUGCUGCACCAGAUAUUUUCAGAUGUAACUCUAACUGUUGAUUUAACAACAGUUCAACGUGGGGAUAAGGUGUCUGACGUACUUAAUGACUACCGUUUGGAGAAGUCAAAAGGCACGUGCCAUGAAUUCAAAGGCUCAUUUGAAGAAGUAGAAGAAGUUUUUUGGAAGUUAUCACCCUUAAGGAGAUCAACUGACCUCAAAUAUCAAACCCAGGACUAUCAAGAUCACAGCUCUACCCAAAAGAUAGAACCUGUGGAGGUGGUUGGAGUUGUAAUGGACUACAUUAGUCAAAAGUAUUCACAGGAACUUGAUAGAACGGUUGGGAAUAAUGUUUCUCUGCAACUGAAUGGAGCCAAAGAUAAAGUCUGUUUUCACCCUUUGGGAAACAGUACAGACAUGGCUCAACGUUGUCUUUUUGCAAGAGAGAGAUUUAUCACUUUCUAUCAGAAGAUUGCAACAGACUUGAAAGCAAGGACGUUCGAUAUUGACCCAACAUUGAAGGUGACCCAACGCAAAUACAUAGAACGUGAAUUUCCAAAGCUUAUGAUAAGCAGUAGUUCGGGCAGUUAUGCUUCAAGCAGCAUUUCAGUGACUGGCAGCUACGCAGACACAUUAAGAUUCGAGGAUUUUUUAAAGAACGGGGGUACGAUGUCUCAAAGGCCUACUACACAACACAGAUGGCAGUCACAGACCACUGUCGAUGGUGCAUCUGGGUUCUCGAUGACACAGAAUCAGCGGAAGCAAGAAGAAGAGAAUUGUCCGAUUUGUCUAGAUGCAAUAAAAGAAUCACAGAAGAAGACUUUGUCGCAGUGUAAGCACUCGUUUUGUAGAGACUGUUUAAACAAGGCCUUUGAGUCAAAGCCUGCAUGCCCAGUUUGUGGAAUACUCUAUGGUAACCUGAAGGGCACACAGCCAGAAAAUGGUACCAUGACAUUCUCAACUGUCAAAACACCUUUACCAGGAAAUGACUCGUAUGGGUCAAUUGUCAUCAGAUACGAAAUACCCAGUGGAAUUCAAGGGGAGGAGCACCCCAAUCCGGGCCAAAGAUACGAAGGCACGAGCCGCACAGCCUUCCUCCCGGACUCCCGCGAGGGAAAGAAAGUGCUGAAGCUCCUCGAGAGGGCCUUUGAACAGAGACUCAUCUUCACCGUUGGACAGUCCUCCACCACCGGCAAGAGUAACGUUGUCACCUGGAACGACAUUCACCACAAAACAAACCGCAAUGGAGGGCCCGUCAACUAUGGUUACCCUGACCCUGAUUACCUGGACCGCGUGCAGGACGAACUGAAAGCUAAAGGAAUUUAUUAACCUCUGCUGCUUCUUCCCGGUAACCACCACACAAGCACACACAGACUGUUAUAAUGGAUCCCUAUGGUUCUGAGCAGGUGAAACUCUUUUUGGAAAGAGCUUCACUUUAAAAUGAAGUUGUAUUGUCUUUAAAACGAUUAUUCUACAAAAUAUACUGUAAGAAAAGACUCAAAAAAUGAGAAAUUGGUAUUUUAUUUUACAAAGAAAGUGGGCACAACUUCACAAUUGAAGCCUUUGUAUAGUCAUAUAUGAAACAUAGUCUACAGUUUUGGGUGUACCUUGGGUGUAAGUUAUCUGCUUAAUUCAAGUUAUGUAGAAGUUUGUUGUAUUGUAAUACCAUUGCCAUCUCUAGUUGGGGAAAAUGGACAAUGUGAAUUUGUUUUAGGCACACAGAUAUGUCACUGUAAAUAAAGCACAGGGAAAAGACAGUUGAUUUUAAACAAAUCUGAAUUUAAUGAACAUAAACACACACGUUUGCUGCUAUAUCCAAAACAACAAAAUGGCUCAAAAAAGAAAGGGUUGAUUUGCUUUGCUAAAUAAGGAUAAGAUUGUAAAAACCUAGGACAGAGUAUUUGGCCUCCAUGUUUUGUGGCAGUAUUUACAAUAUAAAUGGUAUUGUCAUAUAUUUGCCAUGAAUAAAUUUCCAUAAGGCACCAAAGGUAAAGUCACAUACAUUUUCAAUUUGUGCAGGAGGAAAAUAAAAUCCACAAAACCAAAUAAAUGUAGCAGUCAGUUACAAUUAAAAUCAAAUAAAUAUUAAAAUUUGUGCGAUGUGGAAUUUUGAAAAUGGGAUUAGCCACUUUGUGUCACAAUAGCUGCAAAGUUCCUUUCAGUUAUAGUCCCCAAAUUACAGCAAGAAAUGAUCUUUCUCCGUUUUUUGUGUUGUUGCUUCUAACAGUACUGCAUAAGUUCAGUUCAGGUGUUCCUUCUUUGUACUCGAAUAAAAUGACCAGUGCAUUCUUUAAAAAAGCCAGUACUAUCUUUUUUAAAGCAUACUGGGGCAGGACGGAGUCAGUUAAGCUCUUCCACAUUUGGACGACCAAAUUCACCAAAAUACUAAGUCCACUCAUUUGUGUAACAUACUAAGGUUUACCAUUUUUCUCCAUUUACGAUUUAACUAAAAAAAAAAAAAAAAAAUAGGCUCCUAAGUAUUGAAAUUAGCAGUAGGCUACUAAUAACUAAUAAUAAAAUCUAUAAAUCAUGUUAGAUACUUGAUAAGCAUCAAUUAAUAUUGAUAAGCACCAAAUUUUCCAUCUAAAUACGCAGAUUAAAAGUAAAAUGCAUUUCUAUGUCUAAAGGAAAAGCCAGUGUAAGGUACGAUGAGGGGCUUUACAAAGCUGCACUGUUCUUUGAAUCCUGUGCUGAAGGGAACAUUAGCUGUCAGUGGAUGGAACACGUUUUGUAAUACAGACAUGCUGACAAUGGUAAAGUGAUGGAGUUUUGUGUGUUUGAUAUUAUAUGCACCUUAGUAAUAAAAAAUAAAUAACCUCUGUAUUCAAA